UCGUGACUUUUUGCAUCACAGGGGUUUGUUACGCCGCUUGUUUUUGUGUGUGUGAGUGAGUUUGUUCAGAGGCAGCAGAGCGUAGCUUGGUUGCUUUUGGUUACAUGGUCUCCAGGACUGACUGUCCAACAUGGACCUCUUCUGCUUCACGCUGGAGGGAUCCACUGAAAGCAUCUAUGAACCAGUGAACAGCCAUGCACUCAAGGAAGUCCUACCCAAGUAUCAAUGCACUUCUGGGCGUCUGAGAUGUAAGGCUGAGUGGGGCGGCUCUGAUCCAUCCAUCAACUCUGAUAAAGAUCAGACUAUGACCAGACCAAAAGGAGAAUACAGAAGGUCAUGUAAGGGACCAGUAACCUUGGAGGAUAAAACCUUGGCUUGCAGCGAGAGCGACGUGUUAACAAGGGACGUCCAAAUGAAGGAGCCGGUGUCAGAAAAACCAAGGACGGAUCUACCAGCUCAGCACGGUGAAACUGUAACCGACUCUGAGGGCAGCAUCCACAUCACGGGCAGAUUGAAAAAGUUUCAAAAGCUGGUACAGAUAAAGAAUCGACAUCAGGAUGAUGGUGACAGAGACAUGUGCACACCUAAGAAACAUGAUUGCUUGGCAGAAGGGGUGAGACACAACAGCAAAGUGCUAACGUGCAUUAGCCUCUUGAGAAGGACAGAGAAGAGCUCCUCUAAAGCUGCUGCAGCUGAACACCCACCUCAGCUACAGCAGAAAACCAGCCGUUUCCAUGAGGAUCCAACAGAAGGAGGGGUCUGGAGCCCAAAGAUGGGACAUCACAGGUGGAAGCCCUUUGAGUGUCCAGACGCCUGGCCUUCAUUCCAACACACUUGCCACCAAACCUCACAUGAACGGUGCGCCCACAAUGGCAUCAGCUCCCCCCUGCCCUGGAGCUCACAAUGGGAUCGUUUUGAGAGUCUGAUUCUGGAGCUGGACCGGAAACAGUCGGAUCUGUCUCUGUCACAGAUGAUCCGCUCCCUCACAGAUCUGCAGCUCUCACAAAACACAUCACAGGAAAAGCAGGGGACAGUUGAGCCGAAGCUGCAGGGGGCGGAGAUGGAGACCUCAUCAGAAAGUGACUCAAAGCACAUCAACACCUCACCAGAGAAAACCGCGGCAGCUCACAUUAAUGACGAAGCCACAAGGAGGGAGGGUGGCCCCAGACGAACAUGUACUAAAAGACGCAGACAGUCCAGAAACUCGCUGGAAAGCCUCUACAGCCUUAAGAGUGGGCGGAGCUCCUCCAGUGGAGUCACCAGUGGGUCAAACUGCUCCAGCAACAGAGAGAGUCUGAGGUUGGAGGACGACCUGAUGCUCACACGGGAGUUCUGCUGCCGAGCCAGGGUCCAUACAGAGUUUGUGCCGAGUCCGUAUGACACAGAAUCACUCACACUCAAGGUGGGAGAUGUAAUUGAUGUCAUAGCCAAGCCCCACAUGGGAACAUGGACAGGCUCUCUGAAUGGCCAAAUAGGAACCUUUAAGUUUAUUUACGUGGAUGUGCUGACACACAGUUCUGGCCCAAACCCGCAUGAAGUGAGACAGAAAUCAACAGUACUGGAGGUGUUAAGGCGCCUCAGUUUAGAGGAGUACUCCUCAUCCCUGGAGCUGAGCAGUUACCAAACAGUGGAUGACCUGAUGAAGCUGAGGGAGAGCGACCUGAUUCAGCUGAAUGUCACUGAUCCAGAACACAGAGAACGUCUACUCGCUGCUGUUAACUCGCUGCAGCAGCUGCACUCUGAUAGUCUAUUGGAGAAGGAUGCCUGUCCGGUGCCAGAAAAGUCCAACGAAGACACGAAGGGAGACAUGAAGAGUCGUCCCAGAGACUCAGGCUGCGUCAUGACAUCUGACAGCCCAGAUCCCUGUGCAUUUUCUCUCUGAAUAUGCUGCAUUGUCAGAAAAAACUAUGUUGUGAAGGAAGUUAUUUGCAUUUGCUAAUGUUCAAAAUGUCCACAUCAGGGGCGACGGCGGCACAGGAGUUACGGAGUUCGUCCUGCAAUUGGCAGGGUGCCGGUUCGAUCCCCCGCUCUGACCGCCUCUGUUGUUGUGUCCGUGCACAAGACACUUCACCCGAAUUGCCUGUUAGUGGUGGUCAGAGAGCCGAUGUAUGGCAGCCUGGCUUCUGUCACGCUGCCCCAGGGCAGCUGUGGCUACUAACAUAGCUCACCACCGUCAGGGUGUGAAUGGGUGAAUGACUGACUGCAGUGUAAAGCGCUUUGGGGUCGUCUAACUAUUUAAACUGCUAUACAACUACAAGCCACACUGCAAAAAGGGAACUCAAAGUAAGUAAGAUUUUUUUUUAAUUAGUGUAUUCGUCCUUGAUUUGAGCAGGCAAGUUUAAAUGAUCUGCCAAAAGAAGAAGAUUUGCGCGCUUAAAACAGUAACAACUCAUCGCCAUUAUCUCAUUUCAAGUGCAGCAUAUCUAAUUAUCUUAUAAUAGGGGUAAAAAUACUCAUCCCAUCAUCAGAUAAACUUAA